UUGUAUCGCGUGAGGGCCGCAGCCAAAGGGGAGGCGGAAGUGACGGCCGGUUCGCAGUCACGGGCAGCUGCUGCGAGAGUGAAGCCGGACUGGACUGCCUUCCUGGAGCGGCUGGUUCCUCACUUCUCCGGUGUCACCGAGAGCUCAGCACCAAGGCUGAACUGUACCAUUUAGAAGAAUGGAAGCUAAUGCAUCUGUUGACAUGUUUUCAAAAGUCCUGGAAAAUCAAUUGCUUCAGACCACCAAACUAGUAGAAGAACAUUUGGAUUCUGAAAUUCAGAAACUGGAUCAGAUGGACGAGGAUGAAUUGGAACGCCUCAAAGAAAAGAGACUUGAGGCGUUAAGGAAAGCUCAACAGCAGAAACAAGAAUGGCUUUCAAAAGGACAUGGGGAAUACAGAGAAAUCCCUAGUGAGAGAGACUUUUUUCAAGAAGUCAAGGAGAGUAAAAAAGUGGUUUGCCAUUUCUACAGAGACUCCACAUUCAGGUGUAAAAUAUUAGACCGACAUUUGGUGAUACUGUCUAAGAAACAUCUUGAGACCAAAUUUCUGAAGCUGAAUGUGGAAAAAGCACCUUUCCUUUGUGAGAGACUACGUAUCAAAGUCAUUCCCACACUAGCACUGGUAAAAGAUGGAAAAACACAAGAUUAUGUUGUUGGAUUUACUGACCUAGGAAAUACAGAUGACUUCACCACAGAAACUUUAGAGUGGAGGCUGGGUUGUUCCGAUAUUCUCAAUUACAGUGGAAAUUUAAUGGAGCCACCAUUUCAGAGCCAGAAGAAAUUCGGAACAAACUUCACAAAGCUGGAAAAGAAAACUAUUCGAGGGAAGAAAUAUGAUUCAGACUCUGAUGAUGAUUAGAAAUUAGUUGUAAUUCUUUGUAAAUUGUCUUUUUAUUUCUGCUUACUUCAGAAUUGAUGUGUUUUCUAAAUCCCGUUGGUUUUGAUACAUUGGUCAUUUGAUGGUCAUGUUCUAGGGUUUUGUACAUUUUCAUCACAUUGAAAGACAUCUUCAGUAUUUUCUGUGUGGCACUCAUGUUUAAGUUGAAGACAACUUCUGCGUUCUUAAAUUAUCCAACAAGAGUCUGGAUUCUCUAUUUUUGAGAUUGAUUUUAUCACAAUAUGAUUCUUAAGUCUUUAUACCAUUCACAGUUGUGUUUUUAAUCUACUACAUUGGAAAUAGGAAUUCAACAGACUAUUCCAGGACUAAUUCUUAACACAGCACUAUUUACUUUAUACAAUAGGUCAAACAACAUUUACUGGUGUAACAGACUCACUUGUAAAUGAAUUAUAAACACUCUUCUGGAAUAUAUUUAACUAUUAAAGAACUGCUUAUUUAUUCUGUA